AUGACGGCCCCUCAUAAUAGCCCAUAUUCAUCUGUCAAUCAGAAGUUUCAGUAUGCUGAACUUAAUAACCACACUAUUGCGCUCAGCCAUGGCGCGGCUGCUAUUGCCGAUGCCGCUUGGUCUGGUCCCCGGAUAAGGAAUGUGCCCGGAACGAAUAGCACUGGAUCGGAUGAGUGGUCUAAUCUUUUCAUUGCAAAGAAUGCCAAUUUCGAUACCGCGGGACUAAGUCAUGAUGAGUAUCUGAGCCUCUUCAACCUCGCUGUGCACAACCUCGCUGUGCAGGAGUACAUUGACUUCACGAAUGCGGCGGACCCCAGUUCGAUGGAUUUCCGCAAGUUCGAUCGCUUCUUCGAGUCUCCCGGUCUGGAGCACCGUUCAGGAGAAAAGGGAGGACAGCCCACAACUGUCUUUCAUGCCUUGAGAAGCUGGGUUGGAAAUGGCACUGCACCUGACACCCUACCUGUGGAGUUCUCUGGGGGUAACGGCACCCCAUACAUCAGGAAUCUGUGCCCUUAUCCAGCUCAAGCGAAGUAUAUUGGGGGUGAUGUCUCAUCUGCCAAUAGCUAUCGAUGCGAGUAA